GCUAACUUACUGCACCUAGUGAAAUGUCCCAUUUGAUUCGUACCUCACUUGGAGAAUUGGGAUACAACUUGAGGCUGACUGCUGGCUCAUUCUGAUCUAGACUUUAACGUUCCUCAAUAUGGCCUACCUUGGUGAAAGCCGCUUUACUGCUACUUCUGAAGCCAUUCGUUUCCUUCAUCAAUCGUCCCGCUACAGUCGGAUCGUCUGGCAACAAUGGCUGUUUUUGGGCUUGUCAUUUCCCUCAGCGUUGCUAUUAUAUUUUCCCUUUCCUUGCCAAGUCCUACGGCGGCAGGCCCGCUGCAAAAGGAAGCAGUUGCAUACUAUGACCCGGCCGCAGGUGGAGGGUCCAUGAUUAACAACGCAGGUUAUGGUUUUGGGGAACCCCUCAAUGUUAUCAUCUCCGGCCGUAGUUCGUCACCUGUCUUCACGGACGAUGGUUUUCUUAAUUAUGCUCGCCCUCUUGGAUUUUCCAAGGAGUGUUUUGGUUUGCACCUUGGGGACCCACAAAGCGCCAAUUUGGGAGAUGGCAAUGGCCCAGUGAAUCAAACCGUGGAGCUUCGUGCGGGUUUUGGGAACUUUCUAUUUGGAACGUGCUUAGAAAGUCUAAAAGGAGGCAAUCAUCUCAGAAUGUUCAGACAGAAUGGUCCUAAUGCAAAUAGUGGAGCCCUAUUCCUUGCAGUGUCUACUGAAGAGAAUGUCUCUAAGAAACAUACAAUUUCGCCAGAUGGAUACAAUGCUGGCAGGGACGCUCUGGUAUCGUCCGCAACCAGUAGAAAAACAAGCUUCGGCGAUGUGACAUAUUCAACAACAUCAGAAAGUUUAUCAAGUCUACUCACUCCUGGAAGCUCCGGAGUUAAUCACGGAAUUGCUCAAGAUGGCAUUGUCAAGCUUCUUACUGUGACAAUCUAUUGAACACCG